AUGCUAUCACCUUUACAUCUGGCUGUCUUUGCGUCUGGUGCAGCCAUUGGGGCGGGAAGUGCAGCAUUUUAUGCGUCACAAACAAACAAGAAGGAUAAUCUAGCUGUUGCUCUACCACAGCCUGCGUCUACACCAACUAUACCAACGAAAUCGACGUCGAUACACACACCACAGGAUGUUAUCAAAUUUGGUUUUCCAGGUCCUAUAGCAGACCUCGUUCGUCGUGAAGCUUAUUUCACUGCUUAUGAUAGGUCGAAGAGACAUCCAGCUUGGACUGCCCAACAUUUAACUCCUGCAAGUCUCGCUCGUGAUCCAAAAGCACCAAACUCUGAUAGGAAGAAUAGUCAAUUUAAGGAGGACAAUAACAUUCCUGAUACUUUCAGAGCACGUCUCUCAACUUAUUUCCGUAGUGGAUACGAUAGAGGACAUUUAGUUCCUGCUGCAGAUGCGAAAUCAUCACAGAAUGCAAUGGAUGAGACAUUCUAUUUGACAAAUAUAGCACCACAAGUUGGGCCAGGGUUUAAUCGUGAAUAUUGGGCAUACGUUGAGACAUUCUGUAGAAACCUCACCAGAGAGUUUGGCCACGUAUAUAUCUUCACGCUCCCCUUGUAUCUCCCAGCACGCGAUUUAGAAGGCAAAUGGAGAGUCAGCUAUCCAGUUCUCGGUGAUCCAACGAAUGGUGCACCAACUAUAAGUGUGCCUACACACUUUGCAAAAGUUAUAAUGACUAGUAAAGAUGACAGUCAUCGGGAUUUAUCAAUGGCUUCAUUUGUUUUACCAAAUCAAGCUAUUGAUGAGAGAGUACCGCUGACGCAUUUCUUGCAAUCUACUGACGUCGUAGAGAGAGCAGCCGGUGUUACACUCUUUAAUGAUGCAGUCAAGAAAUCAGCUAACGAUUUGUGCAAACGUACGAAAUGUGAAGCGGUUGUUCGCAAAUUCGACCAAUUUGGUAAACAAAUCGCUGGUAAAUAGGCAAAUAGACAAAAUAGACACAAUAACAAGUAAAUACGUAUAAUUACAAUAAAAUGAAUAAAUUAUUCUUCUUCUUGGGCUUCUUGUUUUAGAUCUUCUUGUUGAUCUUCUUGUUUAACGGACUUCUUCCUUGGUUUGCGCUUCUUUGGCUGGUUAUCGUCUGCUGAUGGUGCAGGAAUCUUCUCAGCGAUUUCGCUAAGGAAAUCGAAUUGUUCUGUCUUCUCAAUCGAUUGUUUGAGAUGCUGGGCAGUCAUUUUCUUAGCGCCUUUGUCUUGUGUAACUUUGAGUGUCUCGUCGACGAGAGCUUGCAUGAAUAGCUC